AUGGAUAUGUGCGUGGAUGUUGUCGAAAAGCAGAAGCGACGAUGGGACCAAGUUAGAGGAGCUCUCACCCAACUGGCCAGACGCACUGACUCUUCGGAGGCAGUUCGAAUAGUCGACGGUCUUGUGGCGGAUCUCGGUGAUACUCUGAAUGCCGAGUCGGGGAUCGUUCGUCUGAGCCGGAAGGUGAAAAGCCUCGAGACUGAGCUGACUGUGACCAAGAUAGAGCUGGCCAACAGAACUAAGGAAUGCGAAAUGCUACAGCGACGGGUUAAUACGAAUGCCCACAGGUACGAGCAGUUGUCCAAGAACGUCGAUACAUUGCAGCGUGAAAUCGCUAUUGCGACCAAGGAACGGAAAGCAGCACAAGGGAGUAAGACCCAGCUCAACACCGCCCUCCCAGACGAUAAAGGCGCCCAUGCAAAGCGGGCCCGCUACCUCUCUAAUCAGCUGGCCCUCACUAUGCAACAACUGACAGCACUUGAGAGGCAGAAGAAAUGGUGGAUGGCGAAGAGUGCGGUUCUGGAAGCAGAGACUAUGUCACUUAUCACCUAUCAUCAAAAGGCUCCGAUAGCACUCAUGAACGACGAUGCCCGGUCGAAGCUCAUUCAGCUCGUGUGGAAAGUUAUGAACGAGAACCCGCUGGAGAAUGGAUAUAGUUUUGUGAAUACGGCGUCCCAGUUGAAGAGUAUGCUGGGCGAGGCCUUCGGUAAAAAGGUGACGAAGUUACCUCAGAUUCCGCCGUAUCGUCAGCGCGGUGCAACAAUGAUCACAACAUUCACGGCCAACCGCUUGCCUAUUCCGAAGGGUUAUAUGGUUUUGUCCCAAGAACAGACUGAUUUCCUAACAAUGAGCAUAAGUUGCGAAGCGCUCGACUGUGAUCGCGGCUCGCUGUGGGUAGUCGAUGCAAGGCAGAAUGUCAUGUGGACAUACGUGCAGAACGCGUAUGGGAAUGAAUUCACGAAGCUGGAGAUGGAAUUGCCGAAGCGUGGUACUGACCCCUAUGCGGAGAAUAUUGGUCUGGUGGCGAGCGCUUACCUUUUGAAGCAACCCAUAAGUAUAUACAAUGCAUAUGAGGACAAGCGAUUCAAUAGCAGUGCCAAUGUGAUCGAUACCAAGGUUCAAGUAGUAAACAAACGUCGUGAACCAGUCUUCGACCAAGACGAUGAAGCCCUUUUGAAGAACAUCGCGGUCCUCGGGCUGGAGAUGAUCAUGGUAUUCGAGAAGUCGGCCGUAAGUGGAUUCUCGAUGAAGCGUCAGAGUUAUCUGCUGCAAUUCGCUACUGAGAUCAUGCAGUACUGUGCAGACCCGAAUACGUUGCUGGGGCUGUUAACAUUGUAUAUGAAUGAGCUAUUCCGAGCAAAGAAGGUCGCUCUUCAUAUCGUUGUCGGUGACAUGACUGCGCAAAUUGUGCACGGUGGAGCUCAGCCUAAGAAUACACAUGGGAGUCCGACGCCUACACGUGUUAUUCCGGAUCAGAAACAGUUGGAGAAAAACUUGAAACCACACCUUGGUGAAAUGACAGGAAUUGUGGGAGAGACGGUGAACUCGAAGAGCCCGCUUACGUUCUCCUUCCCGGCUGGUGAUGAGCUCAAGUCAGCCGCAGCGAAACAUGAUCCGCUCAGGGGAAUCUAUGAUGAAUCGGUCGACCUGUCACCACCUGAUAAUAAUGAUCUUUAUGCACGUAGGGAUAGUCAAAAGAAAAGAUAUGUGCUUCAUUCGUAUCCUUUGUUCGACAAGAGAUCUGUCACGGCAGUUCUCCAAUUCGUGUGUGUUGAUGGCAAGAAAACUAGCUUUGGAAAUGACGAGGAAUUCGACCCCUAUAAUGUUAGCCAUACUAAGGUUUUGAAACAGAUAUGCAACUACAUUGUUGUUGUGAUGAGAGAUUGGUACACUUCAGCUGAGCGUAAGGAUCUUCAUGAACGCUGGGCUAAGGCUGCGAGGACCAAGAGCCCUGCAGAUAUAGCGAUGGCUGCAUUUAUUCUCGGGAAGUAUAACAACAAUGUUGGGGGCGCAAAUUCUGAAAAAGCUGUCAACGGGGGUACUGGAGUGAGGAAAAGCUCACGAGAGGAGGGGCAGAAGGCUCCUUCUGGUAAGGCUCAAGGUGGAGGGUCGCUGUGGGGACUCACAGAAGGGGAGAGGCAGAGCGAUUGGAAAAACGCCGAACCUGGAUGGGAAGUGCGCAAUUUGUCUACGAUCUACCAAGCGUCGUUUGAGGCGGGUCUUAUCAGCGCUCAGGACCUUAUGAGCAUGAUGAGCUCAUCAUGA